UCCAUAGGUCAGUGAGAGAGGACGCUCCCUGCUCCUCUUCUUCUGCUCUCCCCACACCUGAGAGACCGAGAGAGAGAGAGAGAAAGAGAGUGAGAACUGAUCACUAACCCACUCAAAAACCCACAGAAUCCUGUAAUCCCCGGAAAUCCCACUUAUAAAGGAUCCGAUUCUCCUUUUGUGGGGAUUGAGAAGCGGAAAUCCUAAAUAUCCUACAUUUCUUGGUUACAGAAAAGGAUUAGAUGUCAUUUAUCCAUCCUGACGUGAAUAGGAUUACCUGAGGAUUGCCUUAAGUGGGAUUCUAAAGAGGAUUUAAGGCUGUGUAUGGAUUCUGACGCUCUAAAAAGGUGGAUUUAGAGGAUUAGUGUUUGUGUGAGUCCUCCUCGUGAAUCACUUUAUAGAAAACGGAGAGUGGAAGUGUGGAGGGAGUCUUUACACUAAUCCACCUCUUAGGUUCGAAAACUUCUAUUUGUUGGUUUUGGACAGCGUUGGAUUGGUCAUGAAGAGUUGGCGCGAAGCAGUAAUGGUGAUGGUGGUGGUGCUGGUGGCGGCGGCGGCCGAGCCCUGCGCCGCCGCCGCCCACAGGUCUGUGCACCGGCGCCAGGCUGCCGCGCCCUCUCCCGCCAUGGACUCCUUCCUGGCGGGGCUGGGCGACGGGGACAACACAGUGCUGGGCAGCCUCCUGCAGCUAGGCACGGAGGAUCUGGACUUGUGGGACCCGCUGCUGCAGCCAGGCACACCGCGGCGCCCCGCCCUGCACCAGCCGCAGCCCCCAGGCCCACCACAGCCCCCGCCACAGCACAACCACACACAGCAGCAGCAGCAGCAGGGGGCCAGUGGGAUGUCAGCCGGCCAGGCCACCGCCGCAGUGGGCGCACUGAUGCGGCAGCUGCAUAACAUGACCUUCCUGCCCCUGGUGCCACGGGAGGGCGACCCGCCCCACGCCCACGGCGACGACCCGCUGCUGCUGCAGUACCUGGACGCCGUGCGAGGCGACGCGUGGGCGCAGUUCAAGAGCCUGGCGGUGGGGUACAGCAGCUGGCUGGAGCACGAGUACAGCCUGCAGCACCUCACCGCCGCGCUGCCCCUGGACCUCGUCAAGAAGGUUCUGGACCUCGGGGACCGCGUCAACUUCUUGCGCGUGGUGGGACGCCGCGUGGACCCCGGUCUGGCUGCCUUCCUGGCCGACAAAAUGCAGCCGCUGUUCGACCACUUCAGCCAGCUGGCGGCGGGGCGAAUGGUGGGCGGCAGCCUGGCCAACGCGGUGGGCGGCGUGGUGCGCGACGCCGCCUGGAAGACGCUGCGGCAGUUUGUGGAUCACGUGCUUAGUGUGGCGGGCGGCGUCGUGACGCGGGAGGAGAUUGAACACUUCCGCGAGGACCUGGCCAAGACCAGCCCCCUGGCGGCGCGCGGCCUGCAGAUGCUGCUGGACGGCCCGCCACCAGAGGAGGGGGUGGGGGAGGAGGAGGAAGAGGAAGCCGAGGGACGCUCCAUCUCCAGGAACGGUUAUCGAGACUACCACGACGGCGGGUACGGCGGCCACGGGGCCUAUGACGACUCGUACGGCACGUACGGCGGCGUGUCGCAGGGCUACUCCUCGGGGGGGUACGCCGCGGGGGUGCACAUGGACCCGUACCUCAUCCUGGCGGGGCUGGGCGCCGCCGUGCUGCUGGCCUACCUGGCCUACCGCGUGCUGGUCACCACGGAGGCAGGUGGGGAUGGCAGGAGCCUGCUGGACGACCUGGCGCUGCGGGACCUGUCUGACACGCCCGUGGUGCUGCACUCCCUGCACAGCUUGCUGGACGACGCUGAGCGCAAGUACGACACCAAACGGUCCGCGCCGCGCGACGACAUGGAUGACUUCACUGACGCCCUCAACGACCUGUGGUACCAACACCAGGCGGCGGACGGCUGCGUGCGCUGCGCCCUCUUCGACGCCAUGCUGGACUAUGCUCACGUGGGCAGCGCCUCCACCUCCGUGCCCGCACUGGCCGUGUCGUGGCUGGCUCACCUGCUGGGCGCCGAGAGGUCAGGCCAGCUGGUGGACCAGGUGGUGGGCCAGGUGGUGGAAGGACAGCCCGUGACUUGCCGCCGCCACCAACACACCUGUGACCUCAAGUGACCUGUGUGUGUGUGUGUGUGUGUGUGUGUGUGUGUGUGUGUGUGUGUGUGUGUGUGUGUGUGUCGCAGUACAAGCAGGGUGAGGUUGUUGAGGCAUUAAAGGUAGUUAGUGUAGUUUAUUGUUUAGAGUCAUGUGUACUGAAAGAGGCGAGGCGAGACGAGGCGAGGCGAGGUCAGGCCAUGUUAGGUUAGAUCACAUCAGGUCAAGUCAGGUGAAGUAAGUUAAGACCAGGUCAGAUCGGCGUGUUUCUAUUAGGUCAGGUCAGAUUGGGUUAGGUUGGGCCAGGUCAUCUUCCCUCCCAGACUGUUCCUUGUAGUGAAGUAAACUUUUACCCUCGA